AUGUCGAGAAAAAUUUAUAAGGCUCGAUUGGAAUACUUCCAAGGAGAGGAGAGUGACAUGUUGAAACGUGGACAAGAUCAAGCAUCAAAACUUCUUGAGUGGUAUAAAGAACGACUUCUGUCAGUUCAAAAGAAAGCGCGAUUAUUACAACAAGGGAGUGUCUCAUUGGACCCUGCUGUCCAUGAACAGAAACUUAACUUCCUCCGUGCCCAUAUCACAGAACUGAACAGACGCAUACUUGCUGUAAUGGAAACAAGUGAUAAAGGAUUCCCAGCUCAUCACAACAGAACCGCUUCUAACGGUCCAUCGAAUGGAGCUAAUGACGAUCAAUUGGUCUGGUUACACCGUCAAAAUCAGCGAUUGAAUCAGGAGCUUGCUGAGAAAACACAAAUGAUCGAUCAGCUGAAAAGAGAAAACGAAAUGGUCAAGAAAACUCAGAUUCAGAGAGUGGAAAGAAGUGUUCCAAUUCUUCGACCAUCUGCGUUUGUCCGUCCGGCUUAUCAGGUGCCAACCAUCAUCAAUAACAAUAAUCACUCGAAAAACCCAUCACCGCAUAAGAUUUAUGAUACUUUGAUGUAA